AGAAAAAAGAGGGAGAGAGAGGAGCAGAGAGAGAUAAACUGAGAUAUAAAUAGCGGAGAACAUCUGCGAUUUCCAUAGCAAGAGAAAGAUCAGCAUAGGAACAGGCGGUGAAGAAAGUUACUACACACCCAAAGGCCUCUGUGCCGAUGCAGAGGUGCCUGGGUGUUGCCCUGGCUCUCUGCCUGCUCCCUGUGGGCUGGGCAGAGAGUCAGGGGCAAUGCGAGAAGCCGAAAGCAUGGACCAUCGGGGAGGAAAAUCCCAUGGAACAAUCCUUGGGGAGAGUGACUGUGGUGGCAUUACUGCAGGCUAGCUGACAUUUCUGUCUGGUGCAAGCCACCAGUUUGAAGCGCCUAAAGCACAGCCUGGAUCGCCGUGGGUUCGUGAACAUCUCCUACCUGGUGGUAAAUCACCAAGCCAAUGACUCGCGUAAAAAUUACCAACAGCUGAAGGAGAAGGUGGAAGGACAGCUGCCCGUGUAUCAACAAGGCACUGAUCAGCCGGACGUUUGGAAUCUACUCCGCGGCGAGAAGGAUGACUUCCUCAUCUACGACAGGUGUGGCCAGCAGACCUUUCACUUGGAACUGCCAUUCACCAUCCUCAGCCAAGCGUAUGUGGAGGAAGCGAUCGUGCAAACCUAUUGUCACACAAUGUGCACCAACUGUUCUCUGGUGGAAGUACCUUUGGAAUGCCUCGCCAGAAAUGCAACACAACCAAAGGUGGUAGGGGGCCAUCGCGGGAAACACAAUCCACAUCGGGGCCACGGCCACGAUUCCCAUAAACCAACCUUAAGACAGCGUCUGCCACAAAACAGGACCCAGAUCGAGGACCAAGAAGGCAGGCACCAGCAUCCGCACCACCACCACCACCAGCAACAUCCGCACCUGGACCGCGCCGCAAAGAGGGAAGAGGAAGACCACUCGGCGGUAAUCGAGCAAGGUCCAUGAAGGAACGCACUGAAGUGCAAGAGAAAAUUCAGCUGAACGCCCAACGGCAUGUCAGAAGUAGCGGGAAUCAGAUGAUGCUGAUACUGCCGCCAACUGCACGGUCAGAACGCUUCCAACAGCGAAGUGUCUUGACAGUGCAGGAGACGGUCGCCAUCCUGACAGUGACAGGGACAGCUGGACGGGCAGAGCCUGUCCGAAUCCUGACAGUGACGAUGGCCGUCUCCUCUCUGAUCAAUGCCAACUCGGGUAGGGCAGAGCCAAUGACAACCCGGCAGAAACUGAGAAUGACAAAGCAGGCAGCAGUAAACAUUCUGGCUGGAAUGUAAACUGUCGUCUGCUGUCGUAAAGCUUUGAAAUCAGCUUUAUGGUUUGCUCUAAGUCCUGUGUUCCACCAUGAGGGCUAAUCUGCUGCCAAACAGUACCACCCGCCCGAUCAGUAUAACGUUCAGGUUAGUCCUUGUCAGUCUUGCUUUAUUCCCCCCAGUCCUUGUGGUUGUUUCUAUGAGGCCAGCAGCAAAAACUACUCUGUAGUGGCUGCUGGCUGAUGUAAGACAAGCACAAAGGGAGGAUGAGUAAUAAAGAGAAGCUAAUCCACGUUAUCUGCAACUAUUUAGCACAACAUCGACCAAUUUGCAGUUUGGAUCCAUCAAAUUUUACCCUGCGAUAAUUCUGAUGAAGAACACUUGUCUCUUGGUCAGAAAUGCUGCAAAUUGAACUAAGCAGGAACAUUUCUUAACAAUUAGCAAAUAACAGCUGGUGUUGCUGGAAUUAAGUACAACCAGUGCAAACUGUGAUUGGGGCCAUUAACACUUGAGCUGAAUCCCAUCUCACAGCUGCUUCACCCUCGAUCAAAUAAAUCCUUAAGCACGAUCCUCAGCGUCCAGCUAACAGACCAGGUUUAAUGGUUUAGUCAAAAACAAAAGACUUGAUUCUGAAGAAAGGCUAUUUGUAGUUUGUUGUAAAGCAGGCGCCAUAUUUCAUGAUAGUCGCUAGGGAAAUGAUAACCCUAGUUUACCUGAAACCCCUGUAUGGCAAUUGCAGGCAGAUUACAUUUCCUGGAAGGUGCAUGAACCAUUGAAAGUGCAAGAACAUGUCAAUAAAAGUCUGUGUCUGGAAACCAAA